GUGCAACUGACUAGGUAUCCCUGUUUCUCAAGUGGGAGGAAGGGAGGGAGGGAGUGAGUGAGUGAAUGGUGGAAGAAGGACAGAAUGAGGGGCAGACAGAGUGAAAAAGGGUGAGAGAGAGAUGGGAACAUAAACUCAGAAGAGUUGGCUUAGGGCAGGUGAAAGUUCAAAAUAUCCAGACCACAGAAACCCCAGAUUCCUGUGUGUAUUGCUUUCAGGAUAGCGUGCUGAUGUGAGCUUGUUGUUCUCCCUCUCUGUCUGCAGCAACCAUGAAGAAAAGCAGUGUCCUGUUUCCUGGGGGGGAUGGCCUGAACAUGAAUGGGAUGAACGCCCCAACCUUCUCCGAGGGGGACCUACUUCUCCAGGCUCUGAAUGGCUUUGUGCUGGUGGUCACAGCUGAGGGACAUGUGUUCUAUGCCUCUCCUACUAUCCAAGACUACCUGGGCUUCCAUCAG